AUGACACACGAUCCCCUUCUCUCUGUUUCAGAUUCUGCUGCUGCUGAUGCUGCUGCUGGUGCUGGUGCUGGUGGUGCUGGUGGUGCUGGUGCUGUUAGUGGUGGUCAAGUUAGUGGUUCUGAUAGUACUAGUAGCACCUCCCACAUAGACUCCUCUCCCUCAUCUACCCUCGCAGCCUCCCAUUCUCCUCCGCCUUCCCCUCCGCUUCCUCCCCCCGUUCCCCCUCCGCUUCCUCCCCCCGUUCCCCCUCCGCUUCCUCCCCCUUUUUCCCCACCACUUCCUCCCCCCCUUUCCCCUCCGCCUCCUUCCCCUCCCGUCUUUCCUCCGCCUGUUCCUCUCAUUUCUCCUCCUCCUUCCGGUUCCCCGCCCCCUCCUUCUCCUCCCCUUUCUCCUCCUCCUUCCGUUUCCCUUCCACCUCCUGCUCCUCUCCUUUCUCCUCCUCCUGCUCCUCUCCUUUCUCCUCCUCCUGCUCCUCUCCUUUCUCCACCUCCUUCCCCAAGAGAAGAGACAGCAGCAGCAGCACAAACAGCUAUACAAGAACCAGCAUCAGCAGCAGCAGCACUCGUUUCACCAGCUGACGUGGCAGGAGCCCCUCCCGUGUCAAUCGUUUCAGCUGCUGACGUGGCAGCAGACGCGGAGGAAGGGCAGGAGAGUCUGCAAGCGGGGCUGACUAUAGUGAAUACAUCUAGUGAUCCCGGUGCAGUCUGCCUGGACGGUUCCCCUCCAGCCUUCAACUGGCAUCCUGGCAGGGGCACCGGGAGGAACAAGUGGAUUCUCUAUCUUGAGGGCGGGGCGUGGUGCGAGGAUGCCGCUCACUGCAUCGAUCGCAGCUUCUCCAACUUCGGUUCCUCCACCACACCUCCCACCCACCCCACCUGCCUGCAGGGCGGGGCGUGGUGCAUGGAUGCAGUUUUGAGACGUCUCAAACCCACCUCCCACCCCACAUCCCUGCAGGGCGGGGCGUGGUGCAUGGACACAGCGCACUGCAUCGACCGCAGCUUCUCCAACUUCGGUUCCUCCUCCAAGAUGGGCGAUUGGAUGCUGCAAGGGCUGCUCUCUUCCAGCCGUAAAACCAACCCCGGUGAGCAUAACAACCACCCCUGGUCAUGUGCCGCCUCGCCCCUCCUCUCCUCCACCAAGGUGGGCCACUGGAUGCUGCAAGGGCUGCUCUCUUUAGUGCCCCCUCGCCCCUCCCACUGCGUGCCCCAGCCUCUCUCUAGUGGCUUCUGCCUCUCCCCUCUAGUUGCCUCUGCCCCCUCGCCCCUCCUCUCCUCCACCAAGAUGGGCCACUGGAUGCUGCAAGGGCUGCUCUCUUUAGUGCCCCCUCGCCCCUCCCACUGCGUGCCCCAGCCUCUCUCUAGUGGCUUCUGCCUCUCCCCUCUAGUUGCCUCUGCCCCCUCGCCCCUCCUCUCCUCCACCAAGAUGGGCCACUGGAUGCUGCAAGGGCUGCUCUCCUCCAGCCGUAAAACAAACCCCGGUGAGUCCCUCUAUUCCCCCUCUCCCCCACCACCUUCCCUCCCACCUUCCCUCCCACCCUCCCCCCUACCUUCUCUCCCACCUACCCCCACUCUCUUUCUUCAUCCCCCCACUCUCAUUGCGAUCCCACUCUUUGCGCCUCUUCCCUCUCCCUCCCACCUCCCCCCACUCCAGACUUCUUCAACUGGAACGCAAUGGACCUUACUCCAUACCCACACCCUCACUGAAACCCCCCUGCUUCCACCUCUCUUUCCUUCCCUUCCACCUCCUCCUUCCUCCCCCCCUUCUCCCCCUCCCCUCCCCUACCAGACUUGUUCAACUGGAACCUG